UCACUACUGGCUGUGUGAUACUGGAAAGAUCAACUACUUCUAAGCUCCACUUCAUUGUCUGCAAAAUUGGGAUAACAUAUACACAUUUCACAAGACCAUUACAAGGACCAAGUGAAACAAUGUCUAUGAAAGCCAAAGUGCUGUUCAAAUAUUAGUUAUUGAUUAUAGUGGGUUAGGAGAACGGUGGCCAAAACGAUGAGGAAUACACUAUUUCAAGAGGUGACUUCUAAGACCUAUCUGGGUUUGGUGACAGAUAAAAUUAAAAGCAUAAAUUUGUCUGGCCUGACGAACUGAGGAGGAGCAGCUAGAAGGAGAAAAUGACAAAUUAAUUUGAGGCAUGUAGAGUCUGACACCACAAGACAACUGAAGGUAACUUGGACACUUGGAGCUACUGCUCAAAAAAAUUGCAUAAUGAUUAAAAAACAAACUAAAAAAAUUUGUUUUCUGAGUUAACAGAGUCAGCUUGACCAACCAGUUCCACCUCCUAAGAAUAAUUUUGGGCUGAGAAAGUUAUUUAACUCUUUGAUGCUCAGUUUCUUCAUCUGUAAAAUGGGGAGGAUACUGACUUCAGAAUUAUUAGCAAAAGCUUAAUAAAAGGCAGCUAUUAUUACCAUAAACAUUAUUAUUAGACUGACUGCUCAAAGGAGCAUACAAAGACUAAAACCUAUGAGGAAAUAUUUGAAAUUUGACCCCAUCCUGUUGAAAAACUAAAGAUAACAUUGCUCCAUGCUAAUUCAAAAGGCAGUAUAAAUGAGCAUAACUGUCCCACAGAUUCCAAAAAUAAUUCAGGGGUUUUCUUUCUUUCCUUUUAACUUACGGCUUUAAAAAAAUCUCAAAAAAAGAAAAGAAAUGUGUCCCCAAACAAAUCUUAGCAAAUCAUGAGUCCGACAAUGGGUUAAAUCGACCGACUACGUUAAAUACUUGGGGGGCGUACCUUGGAAGCAAGCUUUGUUUGCCAUUUAUUCGAAAGACACCAAGCCAAAGAGUAAGAGAGUAAAGCCCUACUUGCUGACCACUAAGUAAGCCGACUGUUGAAAAGUCCAGGUGUCCCCACCAAUCAGAAAAUGAAUAAUAAGAAACCAUCAUCUACUUCAUCAUUCUUUUACCUCACACAAGAGAGAGAGCAAGAUCAGAUGUGGGAUAUGAGAGAAGACACACAUCAGCAUCGAAGAUGACACUGAAGGUUUUGGACCGAGGGACUGGAACCAUGUCAUUGCUGUUAGCUGAAAUGGAAAAGACUGGUUGUAUACCCCAGCUGGUUCUACAUGUCUAUACUCAGGCAAAGAAACUGCCAUCAUCUCCACUGUGGACUCCUGGAGCCAAAGCAGAAAAAGUGACGUCUGGCUUGUUCUCCUAAGUGGACGAAAGCAGUCAUUUAUAUAACAGGAAAUGGCAGAAACUGAGGAUUUUGUGGGCCAGGAGCAGCAUCCAGUCAACGACAAUUUAUUUAAAGAACCGAUGAGAAAAAGAAGAAGAUCAGAUCGAGACCAGCGGUUCCGAGCAUUUCCCUCCAUGGAACAAAGCGCCCUUAAGGAAUAUGAAAAAUUGGAGUCACGGACCAGAAGAGUUUUGAGCAACACUUAUCAGAAACUUAUUCAGUCUGUCUUCCUGGAUGACAGCAUUCCAAAUGGAGUCAAGUAUCUUAUAAACAGGCUUCUUACUUUAAUUGAAAAACCAUUAUUGGACCCAAUCUACAUUGGAUUAUUUGGAAGCACUGGGGCUGGGAAGAGCUCCCUGAUCAAUGCCAUCAUCCAGCAAGCAAUGUUUCUACCGGUGUCUGGAGAAAGUAUAUGUACUUCGUGUAUUGUACAAGUGAGCUCAGGCUGCUGUGAGCAGUAUGAAGCCAAAAUCCAUCUUCUCUCUGACCAGGAGUGGAAGGAGGAGCUGAAGAACUUGACUAAACUCCUGCACGAGACGGAGGAGCCGGGCAGAGAAGAGGCAGCUGUGUGGGACAGGGGUGACGCAGUGGAGGAAGCCAUCUGGAAGCUACAGAUGCUUUAUGGAAAUGGGGCGGAAAGAAAGACCUAUGAGGAGUUACUAAGGGCAAAACCCAAAGGGAAGAUCCCCACCUCUAGAGUCAUCACCCUCAAGGCAGAAGAGCCAGGAGAGCUGUCUGUCAAACUGGACCCCUACAUCCGGACUAAGAGGAGAGACUGGGAUGAAGAAUCAGCUGAGACACAAAUCUGGCCCUUGAUAAAACACGUAGAAGUGACUCUUCCCAAAUCAGAGCUGAUUCCAGAAGGGGUCGUGCUGGUGGACAUUCCAGGCACUGGUGACUUCAACACCAAGAGGGAUGAAAUGUGGAAAAAGACCAUUGAUAAAUGCUCAGUAAUCUGGGUGAUCAGUGACAUUGAAAGAGUUUCUGGAGAGAGAGCCCACGAAGACCUUCUUAAUGAGAGCAUCAAAGCCUGCCAACGAGGUUUCUGCAGGGACGUUGCCCUGGUGGUCACCAAGACAGACAAACUCUACUUGCCGGAAUAUCUGAGGGAAAGAAAAAUGGGAAAUCAAGCUAUUCAAAGUCAGCGAGAGGCUGUUUUAGAAAGAAAUGAAAUGAUAAAACUACAAAGGAAUAGAAGUCUCAAGGAAAAACUAAAGAGAAAACUGCCGGCUGACUCCAAGAUCCUGGAAGCCUCAGAUCUGGUGUACACAGUCAGCGCCCAGGAAUACUGGCAGCAGGCUCUCCUCACUGAGGAAGAAACUGAAAUCCCCAAGUUAAGAGCAUACAUCAGGAAAAGGCUCUUGGACAAGAGGAAGAGGAUGGUGACUAAGUACGUGACUGAAGCCUUUGGCCUGUUGCUUCUCACAGACAGUUUCAACUGUACAGAAAACCUGCCGAAUGAAUACUUGCACAUGAGCGGCCUGCGGCGAUUUGUGGAAGAGAAGAUACAGCUGCUGGAGAAGGCCAUUGACCAGUGCUUUGCCCACCUAGCACGACCUCUGCAAGAAGGAGUCAGAAAUGCCAGGACUUCCUACCGACGGGCCCUCGGGGCAUGCCUGGCGAGGAGCAGAGGAAACCAGGGUUUCCACCAGACUCUGAAAGCCGUUUGCCUGAAAAAUGGCAUCUACGCCUCCAGGACUCGCACAAGAAUCGAUUUGAAUGAAGCCAUCACUCAGCCCAUCUAUGACCAGAUUGACCCUGUUUUUGGAGGCAUUUUUAGGGCUGGAACACCCAGCAGUUCAGCUUUGAUGCCUCACAUAGAUGCUUUUAAGCACUCUCUGCAGGAGAAAAUGACAGAAAUUGGGAUAAGAAAUGGCUGGAAAUUGGAUAGCUGCAAAAAAAGUUUCCUGAUCCAGGAGAUAAGCACCAUCCUGGGAGGCCUGGAGGGAUACAUCCUCAGAAAGAAGAGGAGGAUCUAUGAGUCCCUUACUGCCUCUGUUCAGAACGACCUGAAGCCCUGUUACGAAGAGGCAGCUCAGAUCACUGGCAAAAAAGCAUGUGAGAGGAUGAAAGAUGUCAUCAGAAGAGGGGUGGACCGGCAGGUGGCCGAGGGCAUGUUUGAAAGGGCUCAAGAAAGGAUGCAGCACCAGUUUCAACAACUGAAGAAUGGAAUCACAGAGAAGGUGAAGGGCAGUAUCGCCACCAUGCUGACCCUGGCGUCAUCCCAGGGGGAUGCUCUCUACAAGGAGCUUGCAGACGUCAAAAGUGAAUACAAGGAGAUGGAAAAGCUACACAGAAGCCUGAGGGAGGUUGCUGAGAAUGCAGUGCUACGGCGGGGCAUGCAAGACUUCCUCCUGAGAAUGUCCCCCAGCAAAGCUGGACCCCCCAAAACAUAAAUUAAUUCUUGGGGCUUUAGUAUCAAGUGGAUGAGAAAAAAGCCUGGGGCCAAAUAAUUAGAAUUACUCCUGUAAUAAAGAACAUCUCCCAAUCGUGCUUUCUAUACAACAUAAAACUCAAUCGAUCGUUACUUCUGGCAUAAGCGGAUUACUGAAGAACAUCAUUUCAUUUUUAUUCUAUAGCCAAAAGGAGUCAUCUUUUUUAUAGGGUUCUAAAGCUUUAGGGACAAGAAACAUGUGCUUCGCCAAGGAAAAAUAUCUAAACAUAAAAAACUUAAAAGUUAUGGGAAAAAACAAUUGCACAAUAAAGCUUCAGGGAACCAAUUCUAGUUCCCCAUUUUAAUACUGACGAGACUUUUGAGGAAGGAGGCAACUCUGUGCUAUGGGAACAACAUGGGUUUGAGCCAGCCAGCCAGACCCGGCUUUAUUACUUCUCAGGGGCGCUAAUGAAGAUGGGUGCUUCUCUAACGUUUUGAUCUCAGGACCAU